AUGAGCAAAAAAUGUCCAAACGAAGUUUACACAUUCGCAACCCUGAGUCCACUCAAUUCCUCACAAUCAUCACGACAUUCCUCUCUCGGCCUCUCUCACAAAAUUCAUCUCCAUGGCCAACUCGAUAUUGCUUCUCAAGACGUUUUUCAAUUAUUUUCAUUACAAAAUGUAUUGACCGAUACCAAUCUCAUUCAUAAAACCAUGCAAGAGUUAAAAGUUGGAAAGAAAUUAAAAUGUAUUCGGUUAGGAAAGGUAGAAAAUGUUUCAUCGUCAUCCUCUUUGGGAUCAUCACCAACGAAACAUUUAUUUUCAAAUUCGGCGUUAUCGGGAUCGACAUCGACGUUUUCACAAUCGACGACAACGUCAACGACAACAACAACGACGAUGAUGAUGACCACAACGAAUAGUUUGACACCGGAACAUUCUCGUUUUUCAUUUCCGUUUAAAAAACAAGACAAGUAUAAGGAGUAUUGUUGGAUUUUGGAUGAAAAUGAAGCAUAUAUUGAGAUUAAAGAUUCGAAAAAGAAAAAAUUGAAAGCAUUGAUUUUCAUUCGUGACAUUCACCGAAUUGAACAUCCCAAAAUUGGCCAAACCAUGGACUCUAAAGAAAACGAAUACUCUCUCACAAUGAUCUACUCAUCAGGCAAAACACAACUCGCACAAAAAUCUUCCAUUGCAAUCGAAGAACGAAUGGAUGUCGUGGUUGGUACUCAACGAGAAUUUUACAUUUUACUUUCCAUUCUCAACUUUUUGAUCUGUCAAGCAGAUGUCAAGAAUGCAAGAGAUCCGACAAGUUUGCAAAUUUUGAAAUGUUGGAUUGGCACGCAAGUGAAUCAUGAUGGACAUUUGGAUUUGAAAGAAUUAGCCAAGUUGUUGAAUAGGAUUAAUAUCGAUUUUCCUUUGAAAUUACUCAAACAAAAAUACAAACAAGCCGAUGUGGAUGGAACUGGUUACAUUGAAUUCAAUGAAUUUGAAGAAUUUUACUACUCUCUCAUUUAUAAGGAAGAAAUUGAAACUCUACUUUUUCGAAAGUUUGCAAAAAAUCAGCAAUUACUCUUUUUAGAAGAUUUUCACAAUUUCCUCCAAAGUCAAAGCAAACACGAAAUCAUUACUCAAGAAUACGCUGAAAAUAUUAUCAAGAAAUAUAAUCCAAUUUAUUAUAAUGACAAAAUUGGAUUGCGAUCUCACGACUUUGCUCGAUUUUUACUUUCUGGAGAAGAUAAUCCCAUUCUAGAUUUGGAAUUUAAAAAACCAAACACUCAAGACAUGAAUCAACCACUAACUCAUUACUACAUUUCAUCUUCACACAAUACGUAUUUAACAGGUCUACAAUGGAAAGGAGAAAGUUCAGUUGAACAAUACAAGAAUGUUCUCCUCACAGGUUGUCGAUGUGUAGAAUUGGAUUGUUGGGAUGGUCCAAAUGAACCUAUUAUUUAUCACGGACGAACAUUAACAAGCAAAAUAUUAUUUCGUGACGUGAUUAUCAUGAUUAAUCAAUAUGCAUUCGAAGCUUCUGAAUAUCCGUUAAUUCUCUCACUCGAAGUUCACUGUAGUGAGCCACAGCAAGAAAUGAUGGCCAAAAUUAUGUGUGACAUUUUCGGAGAUACUCUAUUGAAAUCUUUUUUUGAGAAUGGACAAGAAAUUAAACAAUUACCAAGUCCCAAUGAAUUGAAGAGAAGAAUCAUUUUGAAAGGAAAAAAGCAUUCAGAAAUGACUGAAAAUGGAACUGAAGAAUUUAUCAACGACUCGGACGAGGAAGAAGAAGACGAUGCCAGUAGUGCCGUAGGAGGUAGUCCAUCUCCAGUAAAAUCUCCACAACCACCAAAGAAAUCAAUUACUCCUUCUGCAAGUUCCACAACUAGUGUCAGCAGCAACAGCAACAGCAACACGAGUGACACUAAAAAAAACACAACCAAACGAAAAGUAGCCAAAGGUCUCUCCGAUAUUAUUGCAUGGUGUGGAAUUUCAUUUAAGGGUGAAUUGAGUGCUGUGUGUUGGCACCAACAUUCAUUUUCAGAGGACAAGUUGAAAAAAUUAGUUCGAAAAGAUCUUCAAGCCAUUGUUAAUUACAACAAGAAUCAAUCGUUGAGAAUUUAUCCAAAAGGAACUCGAGUAGAUUCAAGUAAUUAUUGUCCCAAUAUAGGAUGGGUCACUGGCUGUCAACUCGUUGCUCUCAAUUAUCAAACCUAUGACGAACAUAUGAGAUUUAACGAAGUGAAAUUUGAGGAAAAUGGAAAAUGUGGAUUUAUUUUAAAACCAGAUUUUUUACGAUUGGAUGGAUUACCGUACCCAUCGGCACGUACACACAAACCUAUUUAUUACUCAUUGUUUACCAUUUGUGCUCAAAAUUUACCAAAAUCUUCAGCAUCGACUCGAGGAGAAGUUUCAAAUCCAUAUAUUCGAGUUCAAGUGUUGGGAAUUUAUCAAGAUUUAUUUGAGGAUCGAUCUGAUAUUGUCUUUGGAAAUGGAUUUAAUCCAACAUUCAAUAAGGUUUUUUAUUUCACCAUUUUAUGUCCAGAAUUGGCUUAUAUUAGAAUUUCCAUUUAUGACAAACAAAAGUCCUCGGAUGUAUUUUUAUGUGAAAAUUACUUGUAUGUGAAACAUUUGAGAGAAGGUUAUCGAUCUGUUCCCAUGCUCGAUUCAUUUGCCAAACCCAUUGAAAAUUGUUCAAUUUUAUGUGAAUUAAGGAAAGAUUCAACUUGUCUUCCAUUACCAUCCUUGUCGAUUGAAACGACUGCAUUGGAUGAUGCAUUGAGACUUCCAUCGACUUCGGAAAUUGCAAAUGUUUCAAAGAAGAUACUAGUUGCGAGAUCGAAUCACUUGUCGAGUUCAGCAUCUUCUUCGAUGGCAGAUGACAGUUUUGAAGAUUCUUCCGAUUCGACUUCGAAUGGAAGUCAAAAUCAUUCGUCAUCGACUUCGAAUUCCAAUUUCUUACCUUCUCCUUCCUUAUUGGCCAUGUCGAAUGAUAAUGAUAUGCAUAUGGGUGGAUAUUUGGAAAAAGUUGUGGCUUUGGAUGAUGGAAGUUAUUUGAAUAUUGCAAAACGAUUGGAAAAUGGUUCGAUUCCGUUUGGUUCUGUGUAG